AUGUUGCUCGACGAUCCCGUCAUUUAUCGCGACCUCAAAGCCUGGAUUGAGCAGCAAGAGCAGAACCCAAGACCGCUCUCGCCGCUCCAGAAGCGAGCCAUCGCCGAAAUUCUAAAGCCUCAACGCGCGCCCAAUCCUGACCUUGGCGACCGCGACUGGGUCACUCUCUUGAACUUAUACGCCCAAGCACACCGCAUCAGCCCUCCGUCGUUCACGGACGAGUCCCCCGCGCCGGAGCGCUUCAUCUCGCGAUGCCAGUUCCGCCCCACUGUUGAGGCCGAGCACACGGUCUUCCCGAGCGUCGCAGCGGGCUUCGUCGCCGACGAGACGGGCUCUCUCGUGGCGCCGUGCUUCCGCCGCAAAAAGGACGCCAAGCAGUACGCCGCCAAGUGUUGCAUCGAGCACCUCAUGCGUGGCGGAUACAUGCCGGCCGACGGGGUGAACGUCGUGUUUCCCAAACCGAAGCCGCCGCCCCCAAACCUUCCCAAUUCAAAGAAGAAGAAGAAGGCGGCCUCGGCUCCUGCCCCCAGCAACCACCCCACCGGCACCAGCACCGGCAGCAACGAGGACGGUCCUGACAAAGGCAAAGACGACAACAACAAUAACAACAACAACAACAAAGACGAACCCGCCACCACGACCCGCGUAGCCGACCUCUGCCGGCUCAUGGGCCUAGCCGUGCCCAUCUACAAGAUCACGCCCUCCCCCGGCAUCCCCACCAGCGGCGUCAACGGCGGCCACCAAUACUGGGACGGGCACGCCGAUUUCGGCGCCGACGGCAUCAAGGUGCCCGAGGGCUUGGGCACAGUGGCCAACGUGUACGGCAAGAAGAACGCACGCGAACGCAUCGCCGAGGAAGUGCUCACGUGGCUGGUCAGGGAGGAUAGGGCGCGGAGGGAGGAGGCGGAUGCGCUCAUGGCGCAGUUGGGUUGGAGGGCUGAAUCCGCUAACUAG